AUGGCGCGAAGGAUAGUGCGCACCGUCAUCCAGGUAAUGACGGCGGCUUUAGCUUGCUUCCUUAUAGUUUUCUUGCUCGACCGCAACUUUCGAGUUCUUCCCAACUCAAUCCACGAGUACAUGCCACAGCACCACCCAGACCUGCUCGUCACCGACAUCACGAUACAGAAAUGCUCCAGCCUGAACCCAUUCUCGUCGUGCAAAUUAGACCCAGAGAUUUGGCAUCGUGUCGAGAAGGACUUGUAUCUGGGUAAGGCUUUGGCGUCAAGCGCAUGGCUGCACAUCCGGAGGCAGAAAGACUCGGAACUCAAAGGCGAUGACAAGGUUGUCAUCGAUGUCACUGUGGGCCGUCUCGAUCCUUCGGCGAGCCGAAAGAAGGGUGAGUCUGGCGAAGCGUGGGAGUCAAGACCUGGUGGCUUGUGGCUCAAGCGUUCGGGGAAGCUUUAUGCCAGUGACAACAACAGGGCCAUCACGACCGUUGACCUGCUCUUCGGAGACGAUGCCGUGGAGGUACGACCUGGCUGGGAGAUUGUUGGCACCCCCUUAAUCCUCGAUACCAGCUCUAGCAUCCCUAGCGCACACCUUACCGUCCGCCGAGGUACCCACCCGGCCGAGAUACGGAAACCGAAGCUGCGGGUACCGGAAAACGGAAACUUUAAGGUCAUGCAGGUUGCGGACCUGCACCUGAGUACGGGCGUCGGGCACUGCAGGGAUGCGGUUCCGGACUCGUACCACGGUGGCAAGUGCGAGGCCGAUCCGCGGACACUCGAGUUCGUGUCUAAGAUGCUCGAUGACGAGAAGCCUGAUCUUGUCGUCCUUAGCGGGGACCAGGUUAAUGGCGGUACCGCCCCCGAUGUGCAAUCGGCAAUUUUCAAAUACGCAGCCCUUCUGAUACAGCGCAAGAUUCCUUAUGUCUCAAUAUUUGGAAACCAUGACGACGAAAAGGGUGUCAUGUCCCGCGCCUCCCAGAUGGCCAUCAUAGAGGCCCUUCCGUAUUCACUCUCCACUGCGGGGCCUGAAGAUGUCGAUGGUGUUGGCAACUACUACGUUGAGGUGCUGGGACGCGGCAUGUCAUCGCACGCCGCCAUCACCAUCUACAUGCUCGACACACACUCUUACUCGCCAAACGAGCGCAAAUAUCCCGGUUAUGACUGGCUGAAGAAGUCGCAGAUCGAUUGGUUCCAGAAAACAGCGCAGGGUUUAAAACAAAAGCACAAGGCGUACACACACAUUCAUUUAGACGUCUCUUUCAUCCAUAUUCCAUUGCCCGAGUAUCGCGAGCCAGACCAGUUCAUGGUCGGCAAAUAUGUGGAGCCGGUGACGGCGCCCGUGUUCAACUCUGGUUUUAGAGAUGCGCUAGUCAACGAGGGUGUUACCUUGGUUGGGUGCGGACAUGACCACGUUAAUGACUACUGCGCCCUCUCAAUGAACGAGCAAGAACCCAAAUUGUGGAUGUGCUACGCCGGCGGCGUAGGUUUCGGGGGUUACGCAGGUUAUGGCGGAUACGACAGGCGGAUUCGCAUGUAUGAGUUUGAUAUGAACGAGGGCCGCAUCACGACGUGGAAGCGGUUGGAGAAUGCCGAGGAUAAGUCAUUGCUUACUCAACGCAUCGACGAGCAACUCGUUGUCGAUGCGGGCAAGGCUCACUUUGAUCCGCCGCCGCCAGAAGAUGUCAAUGAUAAUUGA